UCCCAUCUUACAAUCGCCAUUUUACGUUGGAGUUCAAGGUUUAACUGUAGUGCGUCUGCGCAGAUCGUAAAAUUUCCAAGAUGGGUAUGAAUUUAUCUCGCUUCAAUCCUUUCGAAACUGGUACCGACGACAGUGCGCAGCUGCCCAGCGUCAGAGAGAUGACUUACGUUAAAUCCGUUGAGACUAAAUUCUUAGAGCUGAUAACCGAAGCUCAUAAAAUGGGUUCGAUUUAUGUUGGACGAGCCGAUGUGAUUGAUGCACUGAAUAACGGAAUCCGAGGAUUGGUAUUCUUCGAUGGAGAGACGCCAUAUUCCAGCAAUAUUCCUGUAACCCAGCUUUGUAUGGAUAAGAGAAUUCUUUACCAUGUCUUUGCUUCCGGAAAAGAUAUGAAGGAUAUCAUUCAAUCAGACUGUAGCGUUGUGAUGGUGAAAGCCAUUUCAGAAUACUACCCACUUUAUGAUUUGUGUAGAGUUGGUCUGGAUAUUUUAAGAGAUUAUUGAAUUAUAAAUGAUAUAAAUAUGUAUUAUGUUCUUGAAUUUAUUAUGUUACAAUGUUCCUAUAAAUUUGUGAUAAACUAAUGUUAAUGAUAUGUGAAUUGCUGUUCUUGAAAUAAAGAUUUUUCGAUAAAUUGA